GUGCUAAUCAGUGUGUACACACUGUUCGCAAAGUUCUCGCAUAUAAAUUUUGUAAAUAAUAAAUUUCUAGUUAAAUAUAGCAGUGUAAAAACGAACAAAAUGCCUGCAGAAAUUGAAAACAUCAAUCCGAGUGUCUAUGGCAAGAUUAAGGAACGUGAAACAACGGCCAACGAGGAGGACGAAGCUGUUGUGGAUCCAUUUGAUACACGUGAAAUUUUUGAUCUGAUACGUAACAUCAAUGACCCAGAGCAUCCAUUAACGCUUGAGGAGCUGCACGUGGUGCAGGAGCAGCUCAUAACAAUCAGUGACAAGAAGAACAAUGUCCACGUGAAUUUUACACCCACAAUUCCGCAUUGUUCCAUGGCCACCUUGAUUGGACUCUCAAUACGCGUGAAACUGUUGCGUUCGUUGCCGCCACGCUUCAAGGUCACCGUGGAGAUAACACCUGGCACACAUGCCUCCGAGUUUGCCGUGAAUAAGCAGCUGGCGGACAAGGAACGCGUUGCUGCCGCUUUGGAGAACAAACAUCUGGCCGAAGUCAUCAAUCAAUGCAUCUCGGCGAGAAGUUGAACUCAUGUACUUUGUAUCUCUGUUUGUUAAUAGUAAAUAUGUAUAGUUUAUUUUA